AUGUCUAUGUCUGGAUUUAGUAUCAGGAGAUUAGUGUCCAAGAGGUCGGAACAACGAUCGUCGGUCGACCUCAGGGAGAGGGAAUGCAGCGGCGAUGAAGGCUUCCAAGACCCCAGCAAUCCAGAUUCCAAAGACACGCGAAAGGAGUCAUGGUUCACUACAAGCCGGAAACAGGGCAAAUCAUGGUCCUCGACUUCAAAAUUCAGCUUCAGGCCGCGGAGCCUCCCGUAUAAUAUCUCGAGCAUUCUGCUGCCGCUGUCAUCGACUGAGACAUCGGCAUCAUCCUCGGCUAGUUCAUUGUGUAGUUGCGACAGGCACGGAUCCCCGAGUCUCGCCGGAAGGAGCAGGUCAACUCUUUGUUCGCUAGGGUCAAGGGACGAGAGCAGCGAGCUGUCAUUACACGCAUCAAGUACCACCAGCUACGACGGCAACGCAACCUCAUCGCCCUUGUCUGAGCGAGACAAUGAUACAGACUCUACACCCACGCAGAGCAGACUCAACUCGUCAAGGACCAACGUUGAUCAGAUCCAAGAAUCAAUGCCUUCAAGCGCAGAGGACAAGGACAAAGACACAAGCCGGCCAGGCAGUAGUGUGCUCGACGCCACCGAUACUGGCGUCAGACACAGCGUCGAAGAGUUCAUCCAAGAAGCCAACAAGGCCUUCAAGAUUGGGAAUUCUUUCAGAGAAGUCAACGCCACCCGCACAUCCUUCAAUGAAACACCAAGAUUACCACCUGCAGAAGCGAAUGCCUCUGCCCCACGCAGGCGCGCAUCUGUUCAACGAAAGCCCAAGAAGACAUAUCGAUUCGCUCGAUCUACAGCAACAACACCCAUAUCGCCAGCUAAUUCAGUAAGACGGAAACCAUCGGUCAAGACAGUCAAGAGGAAGAAAUCAACCAAGGCACGACAACCAAUGAAAUCACAUCGCAAGUCGCUAGGCCCCAAGCCGGCAAGCAAGAACAAUUCAAAAUGGACAGAGAACAUGUCGGAUUUAUUGAGCGGGAAACUAUUCCAGAAAAUCGAAGCAGAUGAAAUGUUGACGCCGGCGCAAUUGGAGGCUUAUAAGCUGCGCAGGUUGUCCAAGCUUCAGCUGGCGGCCAGGGAGGCGGCAGCAAGUGAGACAUCCCUUGCCUUGGAGACCGAGACAGUCGAUACGCCGGUCGAACCGUUCCACAUGGAUGACCUGCCGUCGAGGAUAGGAUCAUCGGGUGUCAAGCUCACGGCCAGUACGCCGAUCGAGGAGAGACCGGAUCCUGCAGUUCUCAAGGGCACAGCAAAGAAUGUGAUAGUAACCAACGAAAACAACAAUGAUGAACUAUUUCUAGGACAAACCAAGGCCACAGGCUCAAGAGUUCUGCCCUCUUCCGACCCUGCUGCCAAGAUAUCAACGAUCCAGGAUGACCACCCAAACCAGCACAGUCAAACGACAAGCCCAAGCCGGUACAUACUGCGCAAAAUUCCCGAGCUACCGACAAUAUCCGAAAACACCACAGUCCGCGGGGAUGAGGAGUUGUUCCUCACCCACGGCCCGGCCAAAGGCAGAAGAAGCGACAGCGCUGCCAGCAUCACCACCACCACCACGACUACUCUGGACCCCGACUACGUCUACCUGCGCUCGACCCCCUACACCCUGACGGCGCCGCGCUUCCGGCACGGGCCCAUCCGGCUCGCGCGAGCGGACCUCUGCCCUGAGCCGCAAAUUCUCGGCGGCGAGGACGGCGGCCUCGACUGGACCGCCUUUCAAAUGGCCAUAUUGGGCGGUGCCGGCGACAUGUACUUUUUCAACAAUGACAAUAACGAGCGUCUGGCGCGGCAGCACGCGGCCGACGACGCCGACGCCAUUUGUGCCUGGUGGGACGAUUGGGGGUUCGAUGACGGCUACGGAGCCCUCGUCGCCUCGCCGUCCGUGGACAAGGACCACCACCAGCACCGUAACCACUACCGAUCAUCCUCACGCUUGUUCCCUGUGUCGUCUUCGUCGCGGCGGCCUUCGGACACUACCACCAGUAGUAGUAGCAGUAGUAGUUGCGACACCUCGGACAGCGCCGGCUACAGCAACCCCGAGGACACGCAGCUGUACCAAGACAUUGGCCGGGACAACCCCUACAGCCCAAAGCACAAGUGGGAGACCCUGCGGCGCAAGGCGGUUCUAGAGGGCCGCUCCAUGGAUCUCGACGUGGGCGACGGCACCAAGAACGGCCGCAAGGGACGACGCAAGCACCGUAACCACAAGCUGUCCAAUAACAGCAGCGUCGGGGCCAAGAAGAAGUCGGGCGGAGGAGCACUGGAUAUGCGAGAAAGCCUAGCCAGCAUGCCUCAGAGCCCCAUGCUGGAUCUACAGGUCAUGACGAGCGACAAUGGCGACGUGGAUAUCGUGCCCAUGGGCUACAAUCUAAGCCAUGACUUGGGUGACUUCUUGAGCUGGGGAAAUGAGAAUGUCCACCUGGGCAACGUGCAUUAUGAUGACAAUUUCAUAUAA